ACACCUCACUGUGGUCAAACAUUUUGUACUCACCCGUGUCACUUCUCUUUGCGUCUCAUUGACUCGGUCGUUCACUCUCUGCUCAGCACAGCCUGUUUUCUUCAAGUCUUCUUUUUUUGUUCACUUUUUCAUCGUCUUCAUCUUCUUAUUAACCUGCAAUUUCAUUGUAAACAGCCUUUUUCUUCUUCUCUUGUUUCCCUGUCUCUUCCUAAUAUCUUCUUCUAGCCGUCUGUUUUCCAUUUCAUCCACCUGUCUUCCUUUCAAUCCAACUGUUGCUCCAUUCGUUAAUAUCUCCAUCUUUUCAUCUUACCACCUCUCACUCUCCGUUCGCCUCUGCAUCCCACCGUCUCUGUCUCCGCCAUGAGUCUGAGUCGUACCAAGCGAAUCAGCUCCAGUAACUCCGUCCGGAGCAGCAGUGGGUCGAGGAGGCUGAGCGGUUUCAGUCCAGGUCAGGGGGGUUUCAGUGGCAUCUCCCUGAGCAGCAGCUCGCUCUACGCGGGAACCGACGGGCAUCACCACGGCCUCGGCGCCCCGCUGGCGUCCCUGUCGGUCAACAAGAGCCUGCUGGCCCCCCUGAACCUGGAGAUCGACCCCAGCCUGUCCAUGAGUCGAGCCCACGAGAAGGAGCAGAUCAAGAGCCUCAACAACCGCUUCGCAAGCUUCAUAGAUAAGGUACGUUUCCUGGAGCAGCAGAAUAAGAUGCUUGAGACAAAACUGGAUGUGCUGCAGGGCCAGGGGAUGGGCCGAUCCAACGUGGAGCCCAUGUUCGAGGCCUACAUGGUGGGUCUGAGGCGCCAGAUGGACCUGGUCAACAACGACAAGACCAAACUGAACGGAGAGCUGAGGAACAUGCAGGGCCUGGUGGAGGACUACAAACACAAAUAUGAAGACGAGAUUAACAAGAGAAACAACCUGGAGAAUGACUUUGUUAUUCUAAAGAAGGAUGUAGACUCGGCCUACCUGGUGAAGGCAGAUCUGGAGGACAAGGUGGGCGCUCUGACUGAUGAAAUCAACUUCCUGCGCAACAUCUACGAGGAGGAGCUGCGUGAGCUGCAGGCCAGCAUCAAAGACACCUCGGUGGUGGUGCAAAUGGACAACAGUCGCAGCCUGAACAUGGAGCAGAUCGUAGCCGAGGUCAAAGCCCAGUACGAGGAGAUUGCAGCUCGCAGCCGAGAGGAGGCAGAGGCCUGGUACAAGAGCAAAUUCGACCAAAUGUCGGUGCAGGCCAGCCAGUAUGGAGACGAGCUCCGCAUCGUGAAGGGAGAAGUGGCCGAGGUCAACCGACUGAUCAGCCGACUGCAGAGCGAGAUAGAGGCUGUCAAAGCGCAGCGUGGCAGCCUGGAGAACCAGCUGGCUGAGGCGGAGGAGCGUGGAGAGCUGGCUGUGAAAGAAGCCAAAGCCCGGACCAGAGACCUGGAGGACGCACUGCAGAGGGCCAAACAAGACAUGGCCAGACAGCUCCGAGAGUACCAGGACCUGAUGAACCUGAAACUGGCUCUGGACAUCGAGAUCGCCACCUACAGGAAGCUGCUGGAAGGAGAGGAGGACAGAAUUGGACAGCAGUCCAUCCUCAACAUCCAGGCCGUCUCCAGCUACAGUACCAAAAGCACUAAUGGCUACCACAGUAACAUCUGCUCUCCUGCUCCAAAACUGCUGAUAAAGACAACUGAGACCAGAGACAACACCAGAUACAGCACUCACUGAGAGGACACACACACACACACACACACACACACACACGCACACGCAACAUGCAGGCAGUUCAAGGUACUUGUACAUUACUUGAGUCUUUUCAUGCCACUUUAUACGUCUACUCCACAAAAAUUCAGACGGAAAUGUUGUACUUUUUAAUGCACUGCAAUUUUUGACAGCUUUAGUUACUUUACAGGUUAAGAUUUUUACACACAAAACAUAUAAAGAGCUUAUAAAAUAUGAUGUUUUUGUUAUAAAUUAA